AUGGGUCUCCGAGAAGUCGUUCGCGUUCAUGGUGCUGGCGCCGGAAGGCAGCAGGGAAAGACUCGAUCGCAAAACGACAAGCUUAAUCAACGCUGGCUCAACGAUCUUGCAUGUCGCAUAUGCUGCGUCUUCAUGCUCGAUCGAUUUGCUGAUUAUACCUCUGAUAAUGCUGUCGCGCCUAUUCGAGAGACAGCUGGCCAAGCACUAGGUUCCAUAUUGCAGUACUUGUCACUCGAGAAUGUUGUCGCAACAUUCAAUGUCCUCUAUCGGCUUGUCAUGCAGAAGGAUGCUGAGAUGUCUGCCUGGCAAGUAUGCCAAGGAGGCAUGAUUGGCAUGCGGUACCUGGUCGCUGUACGGAACGAUCUACUUCUUGAAGACGGAUCCCUCAUGGAUGGUGUCCUCGCUGCCGUCAUCAAAGGCCUUUCUGAUUACGACGAUGAUGUGCGCGCCGUCAGCGCAGCCACACUUAUUCCUGUCGCGAAGGAAUUUGUGGAGAUGCGACCAAAGGCGCUCGAGAACCUCAUUGACCAGGUCUGGGCUUGUCUCUCAAACCUGCAGGACGACUUGAGCGCAAGCACUGGAUUUGUGAUGGACCUCCUCGCCAAACUCUGCAGCUUCCCUCAAGUACUCGACGCGAUGCAGGCUAAUGCUAGACAAGAUCCAUCCCAGUCGUUUCAUGAAUUAGUACCACGUCUCUUUCCUUUCCUCAGACAUACAAUCACCAGUGUUCGCGCUGCCGUUCUUCGGGCACUGCUCACCUUCCUCAACAUUGAAGGGCCAGGCACUGAUGGCUGGAUUGAUAGCAAAGCCUUGCGUUUGAUUUUCCAAAAUAUCCUCCUGGAGCGGAAUGAGGGCGUUCUCAGAUUAUCACUCCAGCUCUGGGAUGCCAUCAUUGCCCGUCUCGUCGAUGGGACCAACGAACUGCCCACCCACCUCGGUCCAAUCCUCGAUGCCAUUAUUCCACUAACUCUCACUCCAAUUGGUGUACCUCGUCAUCCGAUUGCCAUGGAUCAUUCACUUCUCAUUCGUCCCUCUGGUCAGCUUUUUAGUCCACCAGCACACUCACAGAGCCGUCGAUCCACGCCUCCAGGUUCGGCUAACGAGCCGGCAUACAAGAAGCGAAAGAAGUCACGCUUUGGGAAGGAAGAUUUGAUGGUACCACCAACGUCGCCGAGUCAUAACGUGGAUGGUCAUAUGAUGUCCGGCGACCUUGAACUCGUCGGCGUCGAUGUCAUGAUCCGGUCAAGGAUCUCCACUGCACAAGCUUUGGGUAAAGCCAUAGCAGCCUGGCCUGAGCAGUCACGGCGACAGACGUUCAAACCUCGGCUCAUACUACCUCUUGCGUCAACAAACUCAAGUACUCAACUGACUACCGCGAUGAUCAUUGAGGAGUUUGGGAAGUCGCUCGCGGCUAAGGAUGAGUUGGCUGGCGAUUUCGCUUCUGUGCUUCUUCCCAUCGUUGAAGGAGAGAGACCAAGCGCAUAUCAAGACCUCGUUCCAAAACUUCAAGUCGUCCGCACCCAGUGCACCGCGCUCAUCAAUCUCUUCCGCGAUCACCACAUUGCCAAUGUUCCUCAAAUUGCGGUAGUCGUACAAGGCGAUCCUGAUGCAAGCCCAUACGCCUUCUCGACUGCGGACGCGGAGAAGAUUCUCGACUUGCACUAUGAGAAGCUAAAGAAAGCAUUGACUCCAGCAGCACGCAUGGUUGCAACCCCUCAAUUAGAGGCUGCAAGGGCCGAGGUGCAGACAUCUCUGCACGAAGCCAAAGAAGUCAAAGAGCAGCGAGAUAUCCGAAUCAAAUCUGCUGCUGCAGGUGCACUUGUUGCUCUUAGCGCUCCGCCAAAGAAACCUGCGCAAACUAUAAAAGCAAUGAUGGAUAGUGUCAAAAAGGAAGAGAAUGUUGAAUUGCAGAAGCGCUCGGCUGCUGCUGUUGCGGGUUUCAUCGUCCAUCUUGUCAAAUCAAACCGAACUGUGGUUGUCAAUAAAGUUGUUGGCAAUCUCGUCAAGUUUUAUUGUAUGGAAACAGCGGAAACGCCAGAAUUCAUUGGCCAAGCUCAUAUUGAGACCGGCAUCCUCACACUGAAGAAGGACGAGGACAUCCGCGAUCAUCCCGAUGCCGCCAGAUUUGCGGAGGACGCGAAGAAUGCUCGGAUCACAAGACGAGGUGCGCGCGAGGCUCUGGAGCAAGUCGCGGAGAAAUUUGGAGACCAGAUCUUCGAGAAGGUGCCGAUUCUCAAGGAUUUGAUCGAGCGUCCUAUCAAGAAAGCCUUUACGGAGGAUACUUUGCCUGUCGAAAUCACGCAUGACAACGGUGUUUUUGGUCAAGAGGUGGUUGAUGGUUUGUCCACACUCCGAGCCUUAGCCGGCAAGUUCACCCCGAAUGUGCGAGGGUUCGUGAAGGACCUUCUCCCCCUCAUAGCCAAGGCUCUACAGUCGAGACUAUACGUGCUCCGAUAUGCAGCCGCCAAGUGCUUUGCUACCAUCUGUAGCGUUAUGCCUGUUGAAGGUAUUACGAUGUUGGUGGAGAAUGUCCUCCCUUCCAUUGGCAAUGGCAGCAAUAUCCACGGUCGACAAGGAGCGAUCGAAUGCAUAUACCAUCUCAUUCACGUCAUGGAAGAUGGCAUCUUACCAUAUGUUAUCUUCCUGAUCACUCCAGUUCUCGGUCGAAUGAGCGACUCUGACAACGAUGUUCGUCUAUUGGCAACAACUAGCUUCGCAACCCUUGUGAAGCUUGUACCCCUUGAAGCUGGCAUUCCUGAUCCACCUGGUUUGCCUGAGACGUUGCUCAAAGGACGAGACCGGGAGCGCAAGUUCGUCGCGCAGAUGCUUGAUGCAAAGAAAGUCGAACCUUUCGAGAUCCCAGUUGGCAUCAAGGCUACGCUACGCUCAUACCAACAAGACGGGGUCAAUUGGCUCGCAUUCCUCAAUCGCUACAAUCUACAUGGUAUCCUUUGUGACGAUAUGGGUCUCGGGAAGACGUUACAAACGCUCUGCAUGGUUGCCAGCGACCAUCACAUGCGAGCGGAAGAGUAUUCCAAGACGCAAGAUCCUAAUUAUCGACGCUUACCUUCACUUAUUGUCUGUCCUCCUACGCUGUCAGGCCAUUGGCAGCAGGAGAUCAGACAAUAUGCUCCCUUCCUUUCUUCUGUUGCCUAUGUUGGCUCCCCCUCCCAACGCAGUUUACAUAGGUCACAACUCGACAAAGUCGAUGUCGUCAUUACGUCUUACGAGAUAUGUCGUAACGACAAUGACGUUCUCAAGCCACUGAGUUGGAACUACUGUGUCCUCGACGAAGGCCAUCUAAUCAAGAACUCCAAGUCAAAGACGAGUCAAGCUGUCAAAAACUUUCAAUCGAACCACCGUCUUAUCCUUUCUGGCACGCCGAUUCAGAACAACGUCUUGGAGCUCUGGUCACUAUUCGACUUCCUCAUGCCUGGGUUCUUAGGUACUGAGAAGGUCUUCCAAGAACGCUUUGCAAAGCCCAUCGCCGCAUCUCGUUUCGCCAAGUCAUCUUCUAAAGAACAAGAAGCUGGCGCUCUCGCCAUUGAAGCUUUACAUAAGCAAGCCCUCCCGUUCCUCCUGCGCCGACUCAAGGAGGAAGUCCUCGAUGAUCUUCCCCCAAAGAUCCUACAGAACUACUACUGUGAUCUCUCAGACCUGCAACGCAAACUCUUCGAGGACUUCACCAAGAAAGAAGGGAAAGAGAUUCAAACCAAAGCUGGAUCCGCAGACCGAGAAAGCAAACAGCACAUCUUCCAAGCCUUGCAAUACAUGAAGAAACUCUGCAACUCACCCGCGCUGGUGAUCAAGCCACAGCACAAACAUUACGACGCGACACAAAAGUAUCUCAAGCAGCACAACACCUCUCUAGAGGACAUCGCGCAUGCCCCCAAACUUGGCGCUCUCAAAGAUCUGCUCGUUGACUGCGGCAUCGGCGCUGCGGACGUGGAGAAAACAAACGGCAACAGCAUCGGUGAUCUACCCGAAGCUGUAUCCCAGCACCGGGCCCUCGUGUUCUGCCAAAUGAAAGAAAUGCUCGACAUGGUCCAAACCCACGUUCUUGAAAAGGCCUUGCCUUCUGUACAAUUCAUGCGCCUUGAUGGCAGCGUCGAAACAAGCAAACGGCAGGAUAUUGUCAACAAAUUCAACUCGGAUCCGUCCUAUGAUGUUCUACUUCUGACGACCAGUGUUGGCGGCCUUGGGUUGAACUUGACGGGUGCAGAUACUGUUAUAUUCGUCGAGCAUGACUGGAACCCCCAGAAAGAUAUCCAGGCCAUGGAUCGUGCACAUCGAAUUGGGCAGAAGAAAGUGGUCAAUGUUUAUCGGAUUGUUACGAGGGGAACGUUGGAGGAGAAGAUUUUGAAUCUCCAACGCUUCAAAAUCGACGUCGCCUCUACCGUCGUAAACCAGCAAAAUGCAGGUCUAGGCUCCAUGCAAACAGACCAAAUCCUCGACCUCUUUAACGUCUCCGCCGACUCCACGGAUCCCGCAGCCCUACCGCCUCCGCCUACGAACGACAACGGAACCGGUAUUGAUGAAAAUGACGCUGUGGAUGCAACGGGUGAGGUACGCGAGAAGGGGAAGAAGGGCUUCUUGGAUGAUUUGGGAGAGCUGUGGGAUGAGAGGCAGUAUGAGGAGGAAUUUGAUUUGGAGGGUUUCUUGGGGAGGAUGAAGGGUUAG